AUGCCCGGCGCACACAACCUUACCAUACAAAAUGGGCACGUCAAUGGCACUCGCUCUCUAGUUUUACUGGACGCGGUCUUAUAUACACAAGAUAUUGGACAACCCAUCGCGGGUCCACCUGGACUAACACCACCUAACGUGAUACCACCUAGUACAACGCCAACGCCUCCCAGCAGAACUCCAACAAUAGUAGGAGGCGUUCUAGGAGGUGUUGGUGCUCUGCUUUUGCUAGCUAUCACUAUGUUCCUCUGGCGCUACUAUCGCCGCCGCCAUCUCGUCGCAGGACCUAGGGUCAGCCGCGACAAAACGACGUGGCAACGGAAUAUCCCAAUCCCAAUAACAGGACACAGCUUGUUCCAGACAUCAUCCCCUUGCACGCCGUUUCUCGCCACUAGCUCGAACCACACCGCCGCUCAUCCGGCCGCUGACACUACUGUUGCUACAUUACCCCUCAGUCCGCCAUUGCCGAAACAUUCUCCAUCAAUAUCUCGAUCCGGCAUACUUAUAAUGAGCACAGACUUUCUAAAUGAUCAGACAACUCCAAAUAGUGUUGGUCCUGCGUAUAGAACGGGGUUGCUCUCAGAUGGACGUCCGCCCCCUAGACGUGCCUCUAUAUCGUUGCCGAGAAUAACCUCUGAUCAAUCUCCUGCUUCAGUGCCGCGAGCCGACGUUCAUCCGGAGGUCGACUCAGGCGUCAGUGCACCACUGGGGAGACGCCCAAGAUCGGUAUCCCACUCUGGCGUACCCGUGUCACGAACUCCCUAUCAAAGUGAUAUGACGCCUCUCAAUGCUGUAGGCCCAGGACCUACACCCAUGAUUGCCGGGGUCUUCUCAGAUAGUUAUCCUCCUACUAGACAUGCCUCUAUCUCCUCUCCGCAGCCUAUUGCCACAACGCGACCCCUCAACUACGCCAAGAAAAUUCCCCGGAUUACUCCUGCGAUGUCGACGUCGCCCAACCCACCCGAGACGAGCAUAUUGGGUAGUAGGGUAAGAGAGCCACGACCUUCAGCUACGGCCCACUUGCCCAAUCACGUUGCCGACAUCCAUGGUCGGCCAACAGCCAGAAGUUUGGUGGCUCAAGAUAUUCCCCGCAGACUCCAUGUCCCACCCAAAACCUCUCCCCCACAAGCUGUCGUAUGGCCACGAUCCACACAUAGUCGCCUCCCCGUCAGCCAGGUUGUGUUUAGUGAAGAUCUUCAAACCAACUCAUUCGCGUGGCUCCCUCUGAUCGACGCCCAGAUAAAUGCUAUGGUUUUAGACGUUUCCUCACGAGUAUCUAUCACUCAAAGCUACUGCAACGAGACUUCAUCAGGUACGGGUCCAGCAAAGUUUAUGUUCUCGGUUCCGCAAAAUGCGACUAUAUGUGCCUUCGAAACACGAAAAAGCAAUGGCGAAGUUACCACUUGGAAAUCCCAGGCCUCGGAAGAGGGUCCCCACGAACACAGAAUUGAAGGCCAAAAUACAUUUAUCAUGCCUGUUGGAUCAAUACCUUCUAACGGAACCAUCGAAGUCAAAUUAAACUAUGUCGAGUCUCUCUUUAGUGAUAACAUUGCGAAUCUCGAUGAUAUUCGAUUCAUCAUCCCUGAGCAUGUUGGAAAACCUUCUAGCUCUCAUAGGCAUUCCACCCAAGCUGAAGGAAGGCAAGCUGAAGGAAGGCCUAUUCUCCGCAUUCGCGUUGACAUUCAAACGGCCGGCCACCUCAUUCAAGUUAUCAGCCCCAGCCACAGAUUGGAGACAAGCGAACAACCAUAUACCGCCAGCGAUCAAGAUAACACUUUCUGCCGUCAAAGGACAAGAAUCGUAUUUGAGUCCACAAAAUCCCUCAGCAAGGAUUUUGUAUUGGACAUUCAAGCCGAAGGGCUGGAUGCGCCGCGCUGCUUUGCAGAACCCUUGGUCAGAGACGAGCACUCCCACCGUGGUAUGGACACGGUCGCGUUUUGCCUAACUGUGGUGCCGAAAUCUGUUAUCCCGCGCCUGCCGUCGCAAGAAUACUUGUUUGUCAUCGACCGUAGCACCAGCAUGCGUGGAUCUCGCAUUGAGACAGCAAAAGAGACUUUGUGCAAGUUAUUGCGGUCUCUUCCGACCGAAGGGACAAAGUUCAACGUACUCUCCUUCGCCCAACACGUUGAUCAGCAUCGCCCGCAGAGCGUUGUCUUUAAGCCACAGGCAUUGUCUAACGCACUCACGUAUGUGCGAGGUUUGACCACCUAUCAGAGUGGUACGAACAUCCGAGGCGCGCUUCAAGCUGCGUUCAGACGCGCAAACAGAGCUAUGCCAACGUCAAUAUUUCUCCUUACGGAUGGGGAGGCUAAGGUUGCGGACAGGGAAGCGACACUCGAAGAUGUGCGAAUUGCAAUGCAGGCAGCGCCUACGUCAGCCCCAAUACGUGUCUUCACCCUUGGGAUAGGUGUCACUGUAGCCAAGGACUUGUGCAUGGCCAUAGCGAAGACUGGUAACGGCGUCUGCCUAUUGGCGCCCCACGCGGAUGGUAUAUGGACUCAAUGCACCCGCCUCUUCCACGCCGGUAGAGCUCCAAUUAUAACAGGCGUAACUAUCAACUGGGGAAUCCCCCUCGAGAACCUACAAUCCAAGUCCCUAGCAUGUAGCAUGGCAAGCGUUCGACAGGAUAUUGCGGGAAGCGCUCUUCAGCAAUCGCCUUCGUUGAUAUGCGAUCUGCAUGCUGGCUCGAGGUUCUGUGUAUAUGCCAUCGUCUCCGUCAAGGAAAUCUCCAUCCCGCAAGGAGUCACCAUCACAGGACAGCUAGGCGAACACGGCGAACACUUCGAAGUCGUAGUCCCCGUUCAUAUUUCGGGCCUGGAAGAUACGGACCCAGGAACCCCACCCAUACACACAUUGGCCGCGCGGGAAUUGAUUCGCGAGUACGACGAGCAGCCAAUGCGUAACAAAGAUAGCAUUACACAGUUAGGGGGGAUGUACACCAUUGAAAGCCGGCACACUUCCUUCGUCCCAACAGCUAAAUUGAACAUGGUCAACAAGGAUACGGAGGAGGUCGCACUUCGGUGCUCUCGAUCCAGCGUUGGAAGCUAUGAAACCGCCGACACCGCAUUCCCAGACACGCGCUCACCUUGGUUUGGACUAGUUGAGCUUCCUCCUGAGGCGUGA